AUGAAUACCAACGCGAGUAGGGAAAACAUUAUCUCCAUUCAGUCCCAUGUGCUCGAUGGAUUUUGCGGAAAUAACAUCGCUUCCUUCGUGUUAAGGAGGAGGGGGCACGCCCCCAAAAUCUUCAACACGGUCCAGUACUACUCCAAGUACAAGCACGUGGGGUUUGAGAUGAAGCAAGAGGAAAUGCAAACCAUUUUGGGCGCACUGAAGGCAGACCUGGCCGCCAUGGAAAGUGGCAACCGCGGCAAGGGAAACCAUAGAAGUGGCGUGUACUUCUUGACAGGUUAUAUAAAAACGAAGGAGUGCGUCGAAACAGUGAUGAGCCACAUCUGGGAGCUGAAAAAUGAAUACAAUGAAAAAAGGGACAAGCAGAUGGAUGGUCAUUUGGAUGCACCCUUACCAAUAGAAGGAAAAAUGAACGGCGAUGCUACCAAAUGGCAUAACGGUAAUUCCUGUGCAGAUGAUUCCUUCUUGGGAAAACUACUGAGUGUAGACUUCCUCUGGAUUUGCGACCCAGUAAUGGGAGACAACGGCAAGCUAUACGUCGAUAAGGAUGUAAUUUUUGCGUACAAAAAGUGCAUUCCCUUUGUGGACAUCAUGACCCCCAAUCAGUUCGAGUUAGAGUUACUAUGUGACUGGAAAAUAAAGAAUGAGAACGACGUAACUACAUGUAUUCUUUUUCUAUUAAACAGAGGAGUGAAAUUAAUUGUCGUAACCUCUGUGCAGUACCCCUUCGAUAAGGACCACCUGUACUCAUAUGUUGGCUACCUAAACAGCCAAGGAGAGCUAGUCACCUUUAAGUAUAAAAUAAUUAGGUUCGAUUUUAAUGCGUGUGGCUCAGGCGAUUUGUUCGCGGCCCUGCUACUCUCCUUCGUCAUUAGACACCGUGGAAAUGUCCGGUUGAUUGUUUCGAAGGUUUUGAACAUCGUACAUAAUGUGAUAAAGAACAGUCUAAGCUCCGGGGAACUGAACAUAAUAGAGAACCAAGAUAUAAUCGCCUGCGACGGACUUUGUGGCAACUUCAUUAAGGCGGAACCCGUUUGUGCAACUCAUCUCACACCCUAA